AUGACAGAUUCCGUGAUGGAGGUCGACAAUCCUGGGGCGGCUAUUCAGCAGCUCCAGAAUGGCGAGAUUGAUGAAUCCCUUUACAGCCGACAGCUAUACGUUCUGGGUCAUGAGGCAAUGAAGCGUAUGGGCUCGUCGAAUGUCCUUGUGGUUGGUCUUAAAGGCCUGGGUGUCGAGAUCGCAAAGAACAUUGCCCUGGCCGGCGUGAAGUCAUUGACUUUGUUCGAUCCUAAUCCCGUAGCAAUUGCCGACCUGUCUUCUCAGUUCUUUCUGCGCCCUGAAGACGUUGGCAAGCCACGAGCAGAAGUCACUGGACCUCGAGUCGCCGAGUUAAACUCCUACGUCCCCGUCUCGGUCCUCAAAUCCCAAACAUUGACCGAAGACCUGAGUCAACUGAAACAAUUCCAAGCAGUGGUCCUGACGAACACACCUCUGAAGGACCAAGUGGCAAUCGCGGACUUCUGUCACCAAAAUGGCAUCUACCUAACGAUCACUGAUACCUUCGGCCUUUUCGGCUACCUCUUUAACGACUUCGGAAACAACUUCACCGUUGGCGACGUUACAGGAGAAAACCCCAUCAGCGGCAUCAUCGCCGACAUUGACGAGACUGGCCUUGUGUCUGCUUUGGAUGAAACACGACAUGGACUGGAAGAUGGUGACUAUGUUGAGUUCGCCGAAGUUCGGGGGAUGGAAGGCCUCAAUGGCGCUCCGCCUCGCAAGAUUACCGUCAAAGGGCCAUACUCUUUCUCCAUCGGAGAUGUCUCAGGGCUGGGCAAAUAUGAAGGAGGCGGUCUCUUCUCUCAAGUCAAAAUGCCCAAAGUCCUACAAUUCCAGCCUCUCUCUGAGCAGCUCAAGAAGCCAGAAUUCUUGAUCUCUGAUUUCGCCAAGUUUGAUCGACCCGCGCAGCUUCACUUCGGGGUUCAAGCUCUUCACGCAUUUGCGGAGGCUCACAAGGGUGCACUUCCAAGACCUCACAAUGACGAGGAUGCUACAGAAGUACUGGAACUCACGAAGAAGUUGGCCGGAGACAGUGGGGAAGAGGUCGAUGUCAGCGACAAGUUGAUCACUGAGCUGAGUUAUCAAGCGCAGGGUGAUAUUAGUCCAAUGGCAGCAUUCUUUGGUGGUCUUGCAGCGCAGGAGGUUUUGAAGGCGGUAUCAGGAAAGUUCACACCAGUUGCCCAAUGGCUCUAUUUCGAUUCCCUCGAGUCGUUACCAGCAUCUGUGCCUCGUAAUGAGGAGCUUUGCAAGCCGACCGGAUCCCGAUAUGAUGGGCAGAUCGUCGUGUUUGGAAAGGAAUUCCAAGAGAAGAUCUCAAAUAUCAAGAACUUCUUGGUGGGUUCUGGUGCCAUCGGUUGUGAAAUGCUCAAAAACUACGCCAUGAUUGGCCUGGGCACAGGGCCCAAUGGUCACAUCACAGUCACGGAUAACGACUCGAUAGAGAAAAGCAACCUGAAUCGGCAAUUCUUAUUCAGAUCCAAGGAUGUCGGAAAGCAAAAGAGCGAGGUUGCUGCCGCCGCAGUUCAGGCCAUGAAUCCCGAUCUGAAGGGCAAAAUCACCCCCAUGACGGAUCGCAUCGGACCGGACAGCGAAGACAUUUUCAACGAAGAGUUCUGGAAUGGACUUGAUGUCGUCACCAACGCCCUGGACAAUGUCGAGGCGCGAACAUAUGUCGAUCGUCGAUGUGUCUUCUUCAUGAAGCCGCUCUUGGAGAGCGGAACUUUAGGCACCAAGGGAAACACCCAAGUCAUCCUUCCACGUCUGACAGAGUCAUACUCCAGCUCUCAGGAUCCGCCGGAGCAGUCCUUCCCGAUGUGUACACUUCGAAGCUUUCCCAACAAAAUCGAACAUACCAUUGCUUGGGCGCGUGAUCUCUUCCAGUCCUAUUUUGUUGGACCCCCAGAAACGGUCAACUUGUACCUCACUCAACCGGACUACAUCAACAGUACUCUACGUCAGCAAGGAAAUGAGAAGAUGAUCUUGGAAACCCUUAGGGAUUUCCUGGUAACGGACAAGCCGGCGGAUUUCAAUGACUGCAUUGCUUGGGCGCGCAUGCAAUUCGAGAAGCAGUAUCACAACGCAAUUGAGCAGUUGCUGUACAACUUCCCCAAGGACUCCAAGACGUCGAGUGGUGCCGAUUUCUGGUCGGGCCCGAAACGUGCUCCGACCCCUCUCAACUUCGAUCCUAAGGAUCCCACACAUAUGGGAUUCAUUGUUGCGGCUGCCCAUCUCCAUGCAUACAAUUAUGGCAUCCAGGCACCUAAGCUUAGUCAUGAAGACUAUGUGAAGGUGCUUGAUAGCAUGAUCAUCCCUGAGUUCCGGCCCGAUGCAAAUGUAAGGAUUCAGGCCGAUGAGAAUGAACCGGACCCGAACGCAGCAGCCAAGUCAGUCUCCGAUGAUGAGGACGAGUUGAACAAGAUCAUCUCCCAACUGCCAUCGCCGAAGUCUCUUCCGACUUUCCGUUUGAACGUGGUGGAAUUCGAGAAGGACGAUGACACCAACCAUCACAUCGAUUUCAUUACGGCGGCAAGCAAUCUCCGUGCCUUGAAUUACAACAUCCCUCUCGCCGACCGCCACAAGACCAAGUUCAUCGCCGGAAAGAUCAUUCCUGCCAUCGCCACGACCACUGCUCUAGUCACCGGACUGGUCAUUCUUGAACUGUACAAGGUCAUUGACGGGAAGACCGAUCUUGAACAAUACAAGAACGGGUUCGUCAACCUGGCCUUGCCAUUCUUCGGCUUCAGUGAACCGAUUGCGAGUCCCAAGGGCACAUACAAGGGCAAAGAUGGCGAGGUCACGAUCGACAAGCUAUGGGAUCGAUUUGAGAUUGAUGAUGUUACAUUGACCGAGUUCCUGAAACACUUCGAAGACCUUGGUUUGACCGUAACCAUGGUCAGCUCGGGAGUGAGCUUGUUGUAUGCCAGCUUCUAUCCGCCAAGCAAGACCAAGGAUCGGAUGCCUCUCAAGAUGAGCAAGCUCCUUGAGACCAUCAGUCGCAAGCCCAUCCCGGAGCACCAGAAGAAUAUCAUCUUCGAGAUCACUGCCGAGGACACGACUGAAGAAGACGUCGAGAUCCCCUAUGUCAUGGUGAAAUACAAGAAGUAG